AUGGAGAGAAGCACACCAGUGAGAAAGCCUCGCAGAGACACUGCCGAUAUGCUGACGUGGAAAGAGGUCCCACAGUCCGACUCUCCCGCCACCGCCCCCUCUGGUCACCGCUCUCAUCAGCCGUCAGAUGGAAUCAGCAAGGUGCUCCAUGGAGGUCAGAUCACUGAUGAAGAAGCUCAGAGCCUCAACAAACAGAAGCCUUGUUCAGGCUAUAAAUUGAAGGAGAUUACGGGUAAUGGCAUAUUUGCUGCUGGUUCAGGCAACAAUGCUGCACCAGAAUCUAAUGAUGCUAGUAACAAAACAGGGCUUCGUAUUUACCAGCAAGCACUCAAUGGAGUUAGUCAAAUAUCAUUCAGUGUUGAUGAACAUGUCACACCCAAGAAGCCGAUCACCAUUCCUGAGGUUGCAAAGCAGCGUGAAUUGAGUGGGACGUUGCAAUCAGACUCGGAUUCAAAGUCCAACAAGCAUAUAUCAAAUGCCAAGUCCAAGGAGCUCACUGGAAAUGACAUCUUUGGUCCUCCUCCUGAAACUGUGCCUCGAUCCGUGGCUGCCGCGCACACCCUGGAAACUAGAGAAACCAGAGACAUGGGAGAACCUGCACCCCGAAAUCUACGCACAUCUGUCAAAGUUUCAAAUCCUGCUGGAGGUCAGAGUAAUAUCAUGUUCAGUGAGGAACCUGUUGUCAAGACUUCAAGGAAAAUACAUAACCAGAAGUUCGCUGAGCUGACAGGAAAUAAUAUAUUUAAGGAACCUCCAGGAUCUGCUGAAAAGCCCCUAAGCACGGCUAAGCUGAGAGAGAUGAACGGUAGCGACAUCUUUGCUGAUGGAAAGGCAUCAUCCAGAGACUAUCUGGGUGGUGUUCGCAAGCCCCCUGGUGGAGAGAGCAGCAUUGCCUUGGUGUAA